AUCAACGCACACUCUACGCAAACAAAAAUGUCCUCAAACACAGUGCGACAUUACAUUUUAUUAAUUUCCUGGUUUUUGUUUAUAUGCAACAGUCAAAGCGUCGCUGCUAAGCACAAUGCUUAUUGCAAAUUACCCAACUGCGGCACACACAACUUGGCCUGCCUAAGUCCAGAGACUUUCAGUGCAGCAUGUCCAGCCAACGCUGCUAUGGUGUCCUUAAGGCCAUUUAAAGCUUUGCUGCUGGAUCACUUCAAUACGUUUAGAAAUAAAGUCGCUGCUGGUUAUACGAAAACUUUAUUUCCUGCUGGUCGCAUGGCGAGAAUGGUGUGGUCCAAUGAGCUGGAGAACUUUGCUAAGAUGGACAUACGAAUUUGUCAGAUUGAGCCACGUCCUUGCAUGUCCUCGUCACAGUUUACCUUGAUUGGCAGCAUUAUUGAUGCUGUAACCAUUGGAGAGCGACCAAAUGCGCGCACCUUGCAGGAAGUUCUACAGCAGCUAAUUGAGGAGUGGAUGGAGGAGGCGCGACUUGUUACAAGAGAUUUGCUCAUGAAUUUAACACCUACUUUUAAAAGAUCCAACAUGCGACGUGCCAUGCUGCUGAUGGCUGAUCGCAAUACUCACGUUGGCUGCAGUGCCUUGCAAGCUAUCACAGGUUAUGCCACACAAUAUCACGUAUCCUGCACCUUUGCCACUGAGAAUCUGCAAAACAAGCCCAUUUACAAGGUGGCCCCAAAGCCUGGCAAGUUGUGCAGACGACGCGAUACGACUUAUAAGAAUCUCUGCGCCUUGGGUGAAGCUUAUGGCAACAAUCGACGAUAUAAGGAUGGUGACAUUUUGCCAGCGUUCGCCACCAAUUACGGCGCCUGUGUAACGCUGCUUGAGCUGCUGGGGCAUAUCAAGGCGCAGGAUAAUUACAAUUGUGUGCUGCUAAUGAAAGCUCAAAAUGAUAGCAUAGCAGAGUCAAAGCCAGAGCCAGGCUUGCUGCAAGGCCUAAUGACGUCGCUGCAGACGCCAGUGAUGCAACUGGAUGAGCGCGUGACUUACUUUCUAUAUAGGCAACAAAGCAAUCAACUAAUUACGCUGCUCUAUAUGGCAAAUGCAACGCUGGAGCAGCAGGCUGCACUGCUCAAGGCUUUGGUGGCUAAUCUGCGACUCAUGACAACCACGCGCGUUGUCUUGCUGCUGCAGCAACAAACUGCAGCUGCAGUGGAUGAGAAUUAUUUGGGCAAACUAUUUUUGCUUUGCUGGCAGUCGCGGCUGCUCAAUGUGCUGGCGCUCUAUGAGAACUUUGAGCAAACUCAAGUGUAUUACAGCUAUACAGCAUUUCCCAGCUUCAAGCUGCUCACACGCAACUAUGAGCAGCAGGCGCGCAUCUUUGUUGAUCGCCUGAACAAUCUGCAAGGCUUUGAGCUCAACAUAGUGCUGGGUGGCUCCACACCACGGCUGAUAGCCUAUUAUGAUAAGCAUGGCAGUAUUGUCUAUCGCGGCACCUUGGGACACUUUAUGGAUGCCUUUGCCCAACGCUACAAUUGCAAGUUGCGACAAAAGUUUCCAGCCAAGCCCAACGAAUUUCAGCCUUCCACGGAGCUGGUCAAGGCGGUGCGCAAUGGCAGCGCGGAUAUAUCCAUGGCCAUUACCUAUCCUACCAUACCGGUGUUUGGCUUUAGCUAUCCCUACGAGUUAAUGCACUGGUGUCUAGUGCUGCCUGUCGAGCCGGAUGUGCCACCCGCGCAAUAUUAUCUCAAAGUCUUUGAGCUCGAAACGCUGCUGCUAACGCUGGCGCUGCUGCUGCUGCUCUCAGUCAGCUUGACCUGGAGCCUGCGUAGUCAUGGCUAUGCUGUGCACUGGCAUGAGUUCCUUGUGCAUAACAAUUGCUUGCGCGGCAUUUUGGGCCAACCAUUCAAUCAAGUUUUUCGCGCUCCCAUUGUCAUACGCAUGGUCUAUGUGCAAAUUUGUUUGCUGGGCUUUCUGCUCACCGCCUGGUAUAACUCCUACUUCUCUGCCUUUGUCACCAGCGUGCCCAAAGAGUCGCUCUAUCGCAGCUUUGACGAUGUGCUGGCCUCCAAGCUGCAGGUUAUAGCCUGGCAGCCAGAGUAUAUGGAGCUGCUGGGUCGUCUGGUCGAGUAUCGCAAGUAUGCGCCCAUGUUUUUGGUCGAGCCCGACUUUGGCCGUUACAUAAGCAUGCGUGAUUCUUUUAAUACCAAAUAUGGCUACAUGAUGCCCACCACCAAGUGGGUGGUGGUCAAUGAACAGCAGAAAAUAUUCAGCAAACCGCUGUUCUUCAUGCGUGCAGACUUUUGUUUUUUUAACAACGUUCCACUCUGCUUUGUGGUGCAUGAAAAUUCCAUUUAUAUGGAGUCUCUAUAUAGCCUCAUAUUGGUGCUGGCCGAGCGUGGCCUCACCUCCCACUGGACGAAGAGCGGCUUCAGCGAACAGGUGGCGGCAGGCGAAUUGAGUUUUCAGGAUUUGAGCACACGCCGCGAAUUUCGUGCCAUGCAGCUGGAUGAUUUGAAGUAUAUAUGGUAUGGCUAUGCCGUUAUGAUAUUAUUAAGUUCCACUGUGCUGCUGUUGGAGCUGAGCACAAGCUGUUUGCAGCGGCGAUGUUGCAAGCAGCGACGCAAGUGA